GUCAGAAGAAGACGAAAUGGCUACUUUCGAUAAAGUCUGAAAUUGAUGAAGGGGUAUCUUUCCCUCGGAAAUCGCCGGCAGAGCCCUUUAAUAUGUGUCAGGAGGGAUGGUUCUGCUCCUUUCUCCUCACCUCCACCAGCAUCACCUCCUCCUCUUCCUCCUCCUCCUGACCUCCCUGCUUCCCCUCGCCAUCCUCCUGUCCCAUCACCCCUAACUCCUCCUCCCCCUCGCCUACAAGGAAAGCUGAGUUCUACAGGAGCCAUGGUGGAUGUCAGUAAAUGGCCCCUGUUCUCGCUGCUGAGCAGCGAGGAACAAGCUGCGAUCCGACAGGCUUGCGUCUUUGGCACCUCUGCGAAUGAAGCCAUCUACAUCACACAUGACAACGAGGUAUUUGCUUUCGGGUUGAACUGCAGUGGCUGCCUCGGCACAGGAGAUAAUGCGAGCACAAUUGUGCCAAAAAAAAUAGACUUGCUGCAUGGAAAGAAGAUUGUCAGCCUCAGUUACGGCAGUGGACCCCAUGUUCUGUUGGCUACAGAAAAUGGGCAGCUGUUUGUAUGGGGCCACAACGGCUACAGCCAGCUGGGCAACGGGACGACAAACCAGGGCCUGUCACCAGUGCUGGUCACGUCCACCAUGCAGAACAAGAAGGUGAUUGAUGUGUCGUGUGGCUCACAUCACUCUAUGGCUCUCACCCAGGAUGGAGAGGUAUUUGCGUGGGGUUAUAAUAACUGCGGCCAGGUGGGUUCAGGCUCCACAGCCAACCAGCCGUACCCCAGGAAAGUCACCGGCUGCUUGCAGGGCAAGAACGCCGUGGGCAUCACGUGUGGACAGACCUCCUCCAUGGCUCUGGUUGACAAUGGAGAGGUUUACGGCUGGGGCUACAAUGGAAACGGGCAGCUGGGCAUGGGUAACAAUGGAAAUCAGCUGACUCCUUGUCGCCUUGUUGCACUCCAAGGGAUGUGCAUUCAACAGAUUGUAUCGGGAUACGGACACUGCCUGGCAUUAACGGAUGAAGGGCUGCUUUACGCCUGGGGAGCAAAUACCUACGGACAACUAGGAACUGGCAACAAGAGCAACCACCUCACUCCCGUGCAAAUCAUGGCUGAUAAAGAAAGCAGGAUUGUAGAGGUUGCUGCAUGCCAUUCAACGCAUAUUUCUGCAGCAAAAACACAAAGCGGCGAGGUGUACAUGUGGGGUCUGUGUCGAGGCCAAUUGGUCGUCCUGCCUCAUCUCACACAUUUCACCAACACCGACGACGUCUUCGCCUGCUUCGCCACGCCCCCCGUCAUGUGGCGCCUCAUGUCGAUUGAGCACGAGGAUUUCAUGUCGGUUGCCGAGGCUCUUAGGAAGGAGUUUGACAGUCCAGAAACAUCGGACCUCAUGUUCAGCGUUGAUGGCAAAUGCAUCCACGUCCACAAAGCUGUGCUGAAGAUCAGGUGCGAGCAUUUCCGUUCAAUGUUUCGCUCCCAGUGGACGGAGGAUCAGCAGGAGGUGAUAGAGAUCAGCCAGUUUUCUUACCCCGUCUACAGAUCCUUCCUGCAGUUUCUCUACACAGACACUGUGGACCUGCCACCCGAAGACGCCAUCGGCUUGUUGGAUCUGGCCACCUCGUACUGUGAGAACCGCUUGAAACGUCUGUGUCAGCAUAUCAUCAAGAGAGGAAUAACUGUGGAAAAUGCCUUCAUCCUGCUCUCUGCAGCCAUACGAUAUGAUGCAGAGGACCUUGAAGAUUUCUGUUUCAGGUUCUGUGUGAACCACCUGACUCAGGUGACUCAGACCGAAGCCUUCUGGGAAGUGGACGGAGCGAUGCUCAAGGACUUCAUCAGCAAAGCCAGCUGCUGUGGAGCCUUCAAGAACUGACGAGUUACAACUAAAUUACAGUUCAGCAAGUAAAGAAAGGAUGCGGUUGCGCAGCGCAUGCAGGAGCAAAAUGCAUCACGGCUCUAAAAAUCAUCACAUUCCCACUGAUUUUUCCAUGACAAAGAAGGAGGCCCUUUCUUUGCAUGUUUUGUUCAUAUAUUCAGUGAGGCCCACACCUUCUUGCACAACAUCUUGAAAUGCAGUUUAAGCUGCAUUGCCUGUGGAUUUAAACUGAGCACUUUGGCCUGUGGAAUCACGCUACAAAUUUGACUUUCUUUUGAGAUUAUUUGUAUGCUUUAUGGGUUUUUUGAGGGUUUUUUUUUUUUUUCCUCCCCUGCCAGUUCUAACUUUGCUCGUGUGUUUUAACUUUUGCAAAGUUCACAUGAGAGACCAAAUAGGUGGAAGAGCACUAGUCGAGAGGAUUAUCUGGGUAUAUGUCUUUGUAGUACCACUGCACUGAUAAACAUGUUGCUGUUUCAUUUUCUUUGUAUUUCUUAAAAGGGUGUUUGAGAUAUGACUCUUGGAAAAGCAGUUGAAUUAUCUCUCAAAGAUAGUUCCUGAAAAACUGUUCCCUUCAAAAUUAUCAUAAACUUAACUGUGAUCCACAAUUUGGGGAAUGUUUGUCCCUUUCUUGUUUUUUGACUACAUUUCUUUUCUUUUCUUUUUUUUAACCCCCAAUAUCUGAUGUAUCAUAUUUGAUACAACUUUUGCACCACCACCAGAAACAAAACAAUAGUAAUAAUAAAAAAGUUUUUUACAAUUUUUAAAAAGAAACUCUAUAAAAUAAAUAUAAAAACAAAUAAAUGUACCCAUAUGUUUGUUUAUUUAUAUAUAUAUAUAUAUAAUGAUACAGAAAAUAUAAAUUAGGAAAAACUGCUGAACACAAAAUUGGGUGCAUUUAAUUUCAAUAAAUUAUAAAAACGUAUAUAUAUUAUAUAUAAAAACAAUUUUAUAUUUUAAUUUUAAAUAUAUUUAAUUUUCUGUGAUUUAUAUACUAUAUCAGGCAUCAAACGGUUGAAGAAAAAUCCCAAAAUAUUUAAAAAGAAUAUAGACAAGGGAAAUAGAACAAUGUUAAGGGAAGCUAAUUUAUGUUGCACUUAACAGUUGAAAUAUUGUUAAAUUAUUGGCUAAUUUCUUUUAAACAAUAAUUUAAAAAUCUACGGGAAGCAUUUGGUAAAAUUUGAAAUAAAAUCAUAUUUUUAGUUUUCAAUUUUGUCUUGGAAGUGUGGAAAAUGCAAGGAAACAAAUGGCAAGUUUGGGAAAUGAAUUUUGUAUUCCUUCAUAACGCAGCAGAUUUUCAGUACGUUUUAUUUCAGAUUCACCUGAAAAGUAACACCGAAACUGCACAAAGCAUUGUGAGCUAAAGCAUUGAGUAAUUGUAUUUUAUUUUAUUUUUUCAAUUUAAGUUGCAUUUACUUUGGUUAUGAAGACCGAAACCUGCAGGAUAAUGUCUUUACUUUCUACUGCUCUUGGGUUGGGAAAUAAUUAUUGACCAGGUCAUCCUGCAGGAGGACCAAUGAGAUCACUUUCUGUUUCCUCUUAGGUUUCCUUUUCUUGGUGCACUCAGAUACUUAAUAAGCAGUCGUCAUUGAAAUAAAUGUUGUUUUUUAAUAAAAGCCUGCAAACAGGAAAUGUUAAAAAGCUUAUGAAACAGAUGGACGCGUUUCAAUUUAUGACACAAUAGUGUGGGGAGUAUUUUUUUUUUGUCUUUUUUUUUUUCAUACCUGUGCUCAGCUCACCUGUUGAUCAGAUUAUUUUUCAUAUUUAGUUUUUACAAUACUGUUUAAGGAGAAAUAAAUGUCUUAAAAUGUCAUUUGUUGAUUAUUAGAAGCUUUAUUAUCAUCCCAUCGUCAGACAAACACGACCCGCCCACUUAACGAUGCACUGAGCUGUUUCCGGAAACGGUUUGUUUGUUACAAAAAUACAGCAAAUUCUGUUAAAUAAAAUGCUGUAAAUGAAUCAUAAGUGAAAUAAACGACAUUUGGUAUACGUCAAA